CGAGAUGUUCGCUAGCUAAAUGGGGGCGGAGCGACGAAAUUUUCAAAAGCUUUCGCCGGUCGCAAGCACGCCGACAAGAAAAGAAAAAGAAAAGGUGAAACUUAACUGCACUAAACGGCUGGUUGGAAACUGCAAACCUGGUUUGCCAGUUGGUGUCUUCAGUAAAUCCCAGCUAGCGAUGGCGGCCACCAUCACAUUUGGAACCACCUGCGCUCCAUGCAAAACUGCUGCUGAGCAGAGUGCACAGUUGGAAGAAGAAACCGAUGAAAAAGGAAACUGUGACCCGGAAAAACUUCUGCAGUGCCCUUUUGAUAAGAACCACCAAAUCCGAGCUUGCCGCUUCCCUUACCAUCUGAUAAAGUGCAGGAAGAAUCAUCCGAAACUGGCCAUGGAGCUAAAAACCUGCCCUUUCAAUGCUCGCCACCUGGUCCCCAAGCAUGAGCUGACAUACCACACUGAAACCUGUGAAGACCGAAUAUCUGUGGACACUGAAGAUGGUGGAAGUACAAAUGGACUUAGUAAAUGGCAGGUCCCAGUCAGCACUUGGGUAAACCAGAACAUGACUGAGGAUUGGGACAAAGAGGCUGAUGAUGAUGCUGCUCCGUUUGUGUGGGGUGUAAACACAGUCCUGAAUCAGAAGCAGCUGCAGGAAACGAUGCCCACCAACAACCUUGGUCCAAGUUUUAGAACGCCCAAUACCCUUCCCUGGACCCCGAUAUAAAGUAUAAUGCAUGCUUAACUUAUUUUAUAUUUGAUAUACUGUAGGUUCAAGUUGCAGCAGUCUCAUUUUAGUCACCUGAUGUGGUACCGUAACUGCAGAAAAGCCUCCUUUGUUUUAGUUUUUUCUGUAUUUAUGUGCGUUCCCAACUGUUAACAGUUACAAAUUGCAGUGGUUGAAUAUUGUGGGCUUGUUAUAUUAAAGGUGUUUUUAUUUCAAAUAAUUGUGUGAAGUUAGCAUGGUAGGUGUUCUAUUUCAAAUUUUUGUGGUGACUUUUGAAAAUGUUUACUAAACCGAAUCGCAUGUUGUAAUGUGCAUGGAUUUCAAAUACAGUUUGGCAAUGGGA